GUCGUGAGCUUCAUGGGGAGAAUAACAUUUCAAAUGUACAUUCUGAAAACACCAUUGGAUAAUGAGCUUUGGUCAUAUUUGUUUAUGUAUUGGAUAGAAAAUUGUCACCAAUGAAGGAAUAGUGGAAGUGCUGUGGAUUAUUGUUAUUUAUCUUGAAAACAUGGAACAAAGAGGAUGUGGGGCAUGGCUGGAGCGACGGCAAUGGGUUGUGUUCAUGGUUGCUUUGGUUCUCUUUUGGAGCGGGACUUCAGCUCAAAUAAAAUACUCAAUCUCUGAAGAGCUCAAGGAAGGAACUGUCGUGGGGAAUAUAGCUAAGGAUUUGGGUAUAGAGCUAAGCACCUUAACGGAAAGGGGAUUUCGAAUCGUGUCUGGCUCGACCGAGCCCCUUUUCCAGGUGAACAGGAAUGACGGCAUCUUGUAUGUGAACCGAAAAAUAGACCGAGAGGAGGUGUGCGAACGGAGCAGCGUGUGUUUGAUCAACCUGAAAACCGUUCUAGAGAACCCGCUGGAGAUCCAUUAUGUCGCGGUGGAGGUGUUAGAUGUGAACGACCAUUCUCCCAGCUUUCCAGAUAAAGAGAAACGGUUAGAGAUUUCAGAGUCCGCAUUGCCGGGAGCACGAUUUCAGCUACAAACAGCGCGCGACCCAGACGGUGGAAUAUAUUCUGUUCAACAGUAUAAACUUAGCCACAAUGAUCAUUUCCGUUUAGAAGUUAUGGACAGAGAUGAAGAUGGUAAAAUUCCUAUUCUAAAUCUACAGAAACCGCUAGAUAAAGAAUCUACGAGGACCCAUAGAUUUCUGCUCACAGCUAUUGAUGGAGGUAUACCUCCUAGAUCUGGUACUAUUAACAUAAUUGUCGACGUUUUAGAUGUAAAUGAUAAUAUGCCAGUUUUCAACGAAGAGUCAUACUCUGUAAUGUUGAAUGAAAAUGCCCCUGUUGGCACGACAGUUGUACAAGUAAACGCUACGGAUAUAGAUGAUGAUUUGAACGGUGAAGUUAUUUACUCUUUUGGUAAUAAUGUAAAUAGUAAGUUACGUAAUCUAUUUGUUGUUGACACUAAUACUGGUGAAGUAAUUGUGAAAGGACUGAUAGACUUUGAGGUUAAAGAUCGCUAUGAAAUUGAUAUACAGGCAUCAGACAGGGGAGCCGUUCCUCUGACAACUUACAAAAGCGUAAAAAUAAAAAUAGUUGACCUCAACGAUAAUGCACCUGAAAUUGAGGUGACAUCCUUUUCUAAGGCAAUCCCCGAAUAUUCCAGAUCCGGAACCACUGUCGCUCUUAUAAGUGUUAAUGAUUUAGACUCUGGUCUCAAUGGGAAAGUUAUCUGUUCUAUAAGUGAGGACGUCCCUUUUAAACUAGUCCAGUCUUUACAGGACAACAUGUACUCUGUAGUCACCAAGUCACCACUGGAUAGAGAGGAAGUAUCUCAAUACGAUUUUACAAUAGUUGCCAAAGACGAAGGCCAGCCUUCCUUGUCAUCUGUAAAGACUAUUAUUAUUGUUGUAUGCAGAUGUGAAUGA